ACCAUCACUUUCUUACAGAAGAAAAAGAUUUAAAAAGAAAUUAUAUAUCUGAUGCAAUUUAUACAUAUAAAAUUAAAUUAAAACUGGAGUUCAAAUCAUAGAAGUAAACGAUUAAUAUGCUUACAGUUUUUUUAUUUCUCUGAAGAGACUGUCAUUGGAUCAAAACUCCAUGUUUCCUUUACUCUUUCUUGUCACAACCAUAUAAAUAAACAAAUCUUGACCUAUGAAAGAAACCCAGUUGUGAGCUAUAUAUAAAGAGAUAUAAGAAUCAAGAAUCUUGGAGAUAUGAAGAGGAGAAGAGAAAUGGAGAAAGGGUCAGAGAUUAAAUCUGCCAUUGAAGAGCUCUCUGUGCUGGUCCAACUCAAAACUAGUAAUAGUGGUAGUAAUCAUCAUGAUGCUGAAGCUUAUAUACCUACAAGGCCUUUCUUAUAUCUUUGCAAUUUGGUUAUUCAAGUUCUUGAUAAGAUAGGUCCGACAAUGGCAGUUUUGAGACAAGACAUGAACCAGAAUGUUCAGAGACUAGAGGUGCAAUGUAAUUCUGAUCCAUCUUUAUAUUCAAAUCUGGUCGAAAUAUUGAAGAAAGAGGCUAAAGAAGGCAAUGCAAGGAAGGGAAGUAGCUCUAGCAAAGCCUUUGUUUGGCUUACCAGAUCUUUGGAUUUUUCAGCUGCUUUGCUGCAAAGACUAGCGAGGGAUCCUGGUGAGGAAAUGGAGGAAGCUGUGGAAGAGUGUUACAAUAUCACUUUGAAGCCAUGGCAUGGAUGGAUAUCAUCUGCUGCUUUUAAAGUAGCUCUUAAAUUAAUUCCUGAUACCAAAACCAUCAUCAGUCUCCUGAAGCCGAAAGACGAACCCACCCACAAGCUUAUAGAGGAUAUGGAGACCUUCCUUUCACUGCUCGUGCCUAUUCUAGAUGAGAUUCACUCUAUUCUGACACUGUACAGGUUGGAUAAGUUGAAGUCUACCUAAAGAGGAUACAAACAAAUAUAGCAGAACACAUGUACAAAGUUUUUUGUUUUAUAUAUAACCUUAAGUUGGAUGUUAUGUUCGUGCAAGAGUGAAUUUUGUAACACAGUCUAAUUAAUUUCCUGUUUAUCCGAGCAACUAAUAUUUGUACAAAAAAUCUGUUAACACCACAUCUUCGUGCUGUGAAUGAUAUGAGAUGUUCAGAAUUUAUAGAAUGCACCCUUUUUGAA